AUGUCAUUUCAAAACCCAUUUCUUCAAUAUACUAAUGAUUUUGGUCUAGGCAAUAAUGGUGUAAAAAUUACUUUAAAUUACUUUGAUGGAAUUCCAGACCAAUCGUUAAUUGGUUCAUUAACUUCAAAUGAUAUAAUUUUAUGUUUUAAAUCUUUACUAAAAAGAGAUGAUACUACAAAAGAAAAAGCAUUAUUAGAUCUAAAAAAAAUUAUCUCUGAUAAUGGUGAUAAUAAUAGCAACCCAGACGUUCAUAGCGAUAUUACGUUACUUUUAUGGACCCAAAUUUAUGCAAAAUUAAUUGUAUGUGAUUCCAAAAACAUAAGGGUUCUAUCACAUGAAAUCACCUGUAUUUUCAUUAAUUGUUGGAAUAAAAAAAUUUCCAAGUUUUUAAAAGAUUUAAUUCCAAUUCUUUUAUCUGGUGUCUAUGAUCCCGAAAACAUUGUUUCCAAAAAUUGUAUUCAGUUUAUUAAUUUCACUUUCAAGCAUGAUCUAAAAAAAAUUCAAAUGCUAUGGAAGCUGUUUAUGCCUCAGAUUUGUAAAUUUAUCCACGAAAUUGUUGUUUCUGAAAGCCAAAAUACGUUGUCUGACGAAAAAUACAUGUCAAAAGAUGAAUCAAUGACCAGAUACAAUAGAUUAACCGUGUGUGCUAUUUGUAUGGGCUCCCAUCUACUGAAGAAUUUCCCUGAUGAAAGUUUAGAAAAUGAACAAUUCAUGGAGUGUAUAGAGUCAGGUAUUUUAUGGGAUUUCAUUAAGAAAUCCAGAUUAGAAAGCGCUGGUGCCAAAAUUAUUCAGUAUUUGUUUACUUUUAUUUCGAUAUUAUAUAGCAACACAAAAUAUUUUAAGCAGCCAAACAUUUCUAAUAGCAAUAACGCUAAAGUUUUCAAAACAAUCUCUAAAAAAAUUUUUAAAUUAAUGGGUUCUAUUUCUAAAGGGGAUGCAGUUUUGAUCACACCCAUUAUUAACGAUUUAAUGAACCUUUUAAUAAUCUUUACUGAUGGAGGGGAAAUAGAAAAGCAGAUGUUUUGGGAUGUGGAUAAAACUUCUAAGGAUAGAUUAGUAUCAUUUUUAUCUAUAGGCUGUGCGAAUUCUUCCGCUUUUUAUUACAAACAAUUAUAUAAAUUAUGCAACAAAAAUGUGGAAAUAUUAGGAAUUGAGGGCUGGAAUCGCAUUUGGAAUGAUGAUUUAAAAUUGGAAUUAGAAAGAAAAGGUUAUGGAAAAUUAAUCAACGACUACUUUAUACAAUUUUGGAACAAUUAUUUGAAGUUUGUUGAACAACAUGGUGGAACAACCAAUUGUUUGGUUACUCCUAACAUUUUACAAACAUUAAAACAAAGAAAUAUUUCCAAUAAUAAAGAAUUAACUAAGGAGUUUCUCAAUUAUAUCUCGUUUCCUGCAAUCAUUAAAGAGAUUACUCACAUUGAAGAAAGUAUGGCUGGUAACGAGGAGGAAAAAUUCAAGGAUUUUACUGUUUAUCUUAAAAAUUUAAUGAGUAUUGCUUGCAAUGAUAAUAAUUAUGAUGCUUUAUUAAAAAAUAUUUUUGCCGACAAUAAAAACAAAUUUUUGCUUACAAAAAUUGCUGAAAUCGUUUUGGAUAAUAGCCAGGAAAUUGGUUCAGAUACCCAAGGCACCAUAUUAGAUUUUACUUCUGUAUUAAUUUCUGAGCUCUCUGCGCAAAAUUUUGAGUUAAUUUCCAAUUUUGUAGCCAAGAUCUCAAAUUCUAAGCUAUUUCCAAGAGAGGAUGUUACUUCCAUAGUACAUGAGUAUUUAACAAUGGUUAUGGGAACGAGCACUAUUGAUAAAGAAGUAGUAUUUCCGCAAAUUUUAAUGCUGAAUAAUGAAAUUUUGCUACUUCAAAAACAAACAUUGAUGCCAUUGAUUGAUGAGUUAAUAGAAAAGGCUUCUUCCUUAGAAAAUAUGAAACAAGUUUUUGAAUUGGGAUUAAUAAAUGAAAGUCAGCUAAUUCGAUUAUACAAUAAUAAUGCUGAUUCACAAAAAAACUUUUUUGAUUUAUGCAGAUACCUCUCUUCAGAUUUAUACAUUAGUUUGAUUUUGAAGACAAACUUUGUUUUCAAAGCCUUUGAAAUUGAAGCCUUUUCGAUUAUUGACGAUAUUUCGCCAUUGGUAAAAGGUAACAAUGAGGUCGCUGAAAAAGUAGUUAGUACAAUAACUCAAUAUGUUUCAUGGUUUUUUGAUGAUGAAACUGCCGCUAUUUUUUCACCAAUUUUGCGAAAAAUAUUUGUUUUAAAUGAUGUUUGCACUAAAUCAUUUUUAGAUUUUGAUUAUCAUAAAAAGAUUAACACUUUUCUUCCUAAAUUGGAUUAUAAUUUGUCAUUGACUUCAUCUUUAGGUGUUAGAAUACAUUUAUUGCAAAAAGACAUCGAGGAAGCGUGUUGGCAGGGAGAAAGAUUAGUGAAAAUCCAUGAAUUAUUGAAUUUUUCUAUUUUUUUUGAUCGUUUUUUAACCAGUUUCCCUGAAUACAUUAAAUUUGAACACGUUUAUUAUUUAACCAUCAUUAAAGAGAUCUUAGAAGAUUAUAAUUCCAUUUCCGGUAAAAACCACUUGGUUGUUAUGUUAACUGAAAAGGACACCUUUGAAGAUCAAACGGUUGAAAAUUCCCUUUAUAAACGAAAUGCUUGUGACUUUGACUUUGUUACAGCAAUAAAAAUAUUGAUGGAUAGUACUAUUGGUGAUAAUGCUACACCUUUGUAUGCUAAGCUAUUUGAUCAAAAAUGUUCUACUGUUUUACAAUAUUACAAUUCCAAAAUACUAUGCAAAUUGUUAACUAAUGCAGCUGAUUGCGUGUCUUUCUCCCAGUUUAGUACUAUUUUCUUGGAUUUGGAUAAAUUUGUUGGUAAAAUCAUUAGAGGGAAAGAUACUGAUGAUUAUAGUUUCCUACAAUUGUCAAGCUUAUUCAUUUCAUUAAGAAAAUUUUAUUCUAUUGAUAUUUUGGGUAAAAUAAGAAAUAUGCUAGCCGCUGAACUGAUUGAAUCAAGAACAAAAGAGAUAAUCAACAGUUCCUAUAAAAUUCUUAUUUUAUUAACCUGUUUAUUGUCGGUGGAAGAGCCAGAAGAAGAUCGAGGGACUGUGGCCACCUUUCCUAUUCAAGCACAAAGAUUAAAUAUGGUUUUGGGCUCCAUUAACAAAUGGAUGGAUAAUGAAGAAUGGUAUAUGGACACAUUUGCUUGUAUCAGGAUUUGUUUGUUACAAUUUUUCAAUAAACUGGUUGUGUUUGGAUCUAAUGCUUCUUCUUUGAAAAUGAUGGAAAUAGUUUCCAGGUUGCUCAAUGAUGCCUUGACAUUGUGCAAGCUACACGAUACCCCAUAUGUUUAUGAAUUAAGGCAAUAUGUUGUUGGUAUAAUGUACACAAUUUUGAAGCACCAGGAUCAUUUAGCCAUCGAAUAUACUGAUGAAUUCAGCGAAGAUGAUCUAUUAACCAAUCUAACUGAUUUGUGUUUUAUCUCAUUACCUAAACACAUUGAUAAUCAGAUAGAUGUGAAUUUUUUUAGAGGUUUGAAUAAAGUUUUGACCACAUUCCCCAUUACCUCUAUUUGGCCAUUAGAGAAGAAUAAACCUGAAAUUGUUCAAGAGCGGUAUGAGAAAUUUGUUGAAUUUUUCCAGGAUCCAGGGUUUAUGGAUCCAUCGUUAAUUAGAAUCAACCAAGUCAGGAUUGUUUGCAAUUUAUUUCAGUUCUAUAUUAGAGAAACACAAAACAUUAACAUUUUGGAUUUUGAAUUAGAAAAAAAAGAAAAUGUAGAAUCUGAUGGUGAUGAUGAUAAUUCUAAUGGUGAUAAAUAUACGAUCCCAGAAUUUAUUACAAAUAUUUUAAGAGAAUGGGACGUUUAUCGAUAUGUUGAUGGAUAUGAAGAAAUUUUAAGUAAGACCGUUUACACAUGGGUGUGUCUUUUGUUAAGUGACUAUUUUAUUACUUCUUCGUAUAAUCUACGCCAGUUGUACAUUGGACAAUCGAAGGACUUAUUAUUUAAAGUCUUCAACUUUAUUUCUGAGGAAUGCUGUUAUGAUUUUAAUGUUAAUCCAGAAGAGGUUUCCAGUUACAAAUUGGAUGAUUAUUUUGACAAUAUGAAUAUUGUUGACAUUUCGCAUGAAUGUAAGCACGCAAUGGUUCAUACGCUUUUUGAAUUAUUUGGCAAUGUUGGAUCAGUGACCAGUAACUGGUGGCUAAAUUUGGAGGAUAAGACAUUUAAAUUGGAUAUCGAAAAGUUUGUUUCCUCUCAAAUAUCUUCGAUUUUGAUUAAAAGAGAGUUAGAAUGUGUUACCAAUGAAUGGACUAGCCCUAAGAGAAAUAACAACAAAAGUGAUGGAGAACAUAGAUUAAGUAUAAAGACGUAUCCAAAAUUAGCUGAAAUCAAGGCGACUUAUUUAAUUGAUGAACAAAAAUUGGAGAUUGCGUUUAAGUUCCCUAAAAACUAUCCGUUAUUGCCUGUUCAAGUACAAGGUAUUUCCCGUGUAGGUGUUAGCGAACAAAAAUGGAAAUUGUGGAUUGUGUCGACUCAAAGAGUUAUUACAGCUAUGAAUGGGUCUAUUAUAGAUUCUUUGGAUUUAUUUAGCAAGAAUGUAGAGUUGCAAUUUUCUGGAUUUGAAGAAUGUGCGGUUUGUUAUUCUAUUUUACAUCCCAUUGAUAGAAAACUACCCUCCAAAACAUGCCCGACUUGCCAUAAUAGAUUUCAUAGCGCAUGUUUGUAUAAAUGGUUUAAAACGUCAAAUAACAAUCAAUGCCCAUUAUGUCGUGGGGAAUUUAAUUUUAAACGUUAG